CGAAGUGCUCGUGUGAUAGUUGUUUAUCACAGGCGACUCUAUAUAAACGCGCUGGCGCAGCGAAGAAGCAGUAUUUGUGACACGGUACGCGUAUAGUGCGUCGCUCCGUCGCUUGUUGUACAGUGUCUCUAAACUACUAUAAAAUGGCUGCGAGGGACCCCGCCUCCGAACAACUCGUUAACUUCAAGAAAUCCGUUAAGGACACAUCAAUUAUCACCACUAAGUAUGGAGCACCCGUAGGUGUGAAAACAGGAGUCUUAACAGUAGGAAAGAAUGGUCCUGUAUUGCUGCAAGAUGCCAAUUUCUUAGAUGAAAUAUCAUCCUUUGACAGAGAAAGAAUUCCCGAGAGAGUGGUACAUGCAAAAGGAGGUGGUGCAUUCGGGUACUUUGAGGUGACUCAUGACAUUACCAAGUACUGCGCUGCCAAAGUGUUUGAAAAUGUGGGCAAGAAAACACCAAUUGCUAUGCGUUUCUCGACCGUCGGUGGAGAGAGUGGUUCUGCCGACACCGUGAGGGACCCCAGAGGUUUCGCUAUCAAGAUGUACACGGAUGACGGUAUUUGGGAUAUUGUCGGAAACAAUACUCCCAUUUUCUUCAUAAGAGAUCCAACUCUGUUCCCGAGCUUCAUCCACACUCAGAAGAGGAACCCGGCUACACAUUUGAAGGACGCCGAUAUGUUCUGGGACUUCAUGACCCUGAGACCUGAAACCAUGCAUCAGGUGAUAUAUAUGUUCGGUGACCGAGGAAUUCCUGAUGGCUUCAGAUUUAUGAAUGGGUACGGUUCCCACACAUUCAAAAUGAUCAAUGCGCAAGGAGUUCCACACUAUGUGAAGUUCCAUUUCAAGACCAACCAGGGCAUUAAAAACCUGACAGUGGAAAAGGCUGCCGAGCUAGCCUCCUCGGAUCCCGACUAUUCCAUUAGGGACCUGUACAACGCGAUAGCAAAAGGAGAUUUCCCCUCGUGGACACUACACAUCCAGAUCAUGACCAUGGCUCAAGCGGAGAGCUGCAAGUUCAAUCCGUUCGAUUUGACUAAAAUUUGGCCCCACGCAGACUACCCUCUCAUUCCCGUCGGCAAACUGGUCCUCGACAGGAACCCCAAGAACUACUUCGCGGAGGUAGAGCAGAUCGCGUUCAGCCCGUCCAACAUGGUACCCGGCAUCGAGCCGUCGCCCGACAAGAUGCUGCAGGGGCGGCUUUUCUCGUACAGCGACACGCACCGCCACCGUCUCGGCGCCAACUACCUGCAAAUCCCCGUUAACUGCCCGUUCCGCGUGACCGUGUCCAACUACCAACGCGACGGGCCGCAGACUAUGUGCAACCAGGACGGCGGCCCUAACUACUUCCCGAACUCGUUCUCGGGCCCGCAGGAGUGCCCCCGCGCGGCGCGCCUGCAGCCGCGCUACCACCUGGCCGGCGACGUGGACCGCUUCGACAGCGGCCAGAGCGAGGAGAACUUCGCGCAGGCCACGGCGCUGUACACGCGCGUGUUCGACGAGGCGGAGCGCGAGCGCUGCGCGCGCUACCUGGCGGCCAACCUCAAGGACGCGGCCGGCUUCAUCCAGGAGCGCGCAGUCAAGCUGCUGGCGCAGGUGCAUCCCGAGCUAGGCAGCAAGGUGGCCGCCGCGCUCGCGCCCUACAAGAGGCACCAGGCCAACCUGUAGGCCGCCACGCCGUCGACCGCCACCACCGCCACACACGCCGCGCUACUGGGACUCAUUGGGUGCUAUCUACACGACUAGCUAUAAGUUUUAGAUUUUUAAUCGAUCCUCUUGGGAGCACAGGUACAAAAUAUAAGACUUUUAUAAGAAAUAAUGGAUUAAAAUAUUUUUUUUUUUAUUAAAUA